AUGAUAAUAGAUCAUAAUUUAAAUAGUUCUUCUAUUAAUCUUAAAAAGUAUAUUUCUUUUAUGAAUAAUGUGUUACAACCAAAACUUUAUUCACUUAUAAAAGAAAGAGAAGAAUUAGAUAAGAGUUUAUCAGAAUAUUUUAAGUUGAAAUCACACAUUUUACAAAUUCAAAAUGAAAAACUAAGUCAAAUGAAAGUAAUGGUUGAUAUAGGAUCAAAUUUUUAUGUUCAAACAAAAAUUGAGAAUACUUCUAAAAUAAUUGUUUCAUUGGAUUGCAAAGGGAUUUAUAUCGAAAUGACACAAGAAGAAGCUUUGGAAUUUAUUGAUAAAAAAGAAAAUAUUAUUAGAAAAAAAGCAGAAGCCAAAUCUACUCAUAUAAAUCAAAUAAGGGCAUAUAUUAUUAUAAUAUUAGAAGCUAUAUCAAAAAUAUCAUCUUAA